UUGAUCAUAUUUUUUUUUUUUUGUUCUUCACCUCCUCUCUGUCCCCCAGCUGCAUUUAUUGGGUGCCCAUCCCCUGGUUCGUUUAUAUUAUUAUUAUUAGUUUAUUGAAUAAAAAUGUAUGCGGUCAAACCGCGCAUCGAGGGACCCUUUUUGUUUCUCGUUUGAAUUGAAACUGCUUUUGCCUCUUCUCAUCGGCUUGGGCUAUAUUUCCCUUGAUUUGUUUUGUUUUGUUUUGUUUUGAUUUGGGUGAGAGAGAGAUGAGCAGCACCGCCGUUUUUGGGAGCAGGCAGCAGCAGCGAGCUGCUGGUGUUCAUCAUCAUCAACGGCAAGUUUCAGACUCAUCCAGCGGCCCUGUGUUAGGAAAGUGGCUUCAGUCCUCCAACACUGCUGCUACACUCCCUACUACUUUUCAGCAGCAGCAGUCUUCAAGAAGAGCAUUCCACCACCGGACCAGCAGCAGCUCCACCAUCGGAAGUGUGGAGCUCUUCUCUGAGUUUCGGCAACAGCAGCACCAGGGUGGUUUCAGUACUCCCCCACCGGCUUACUCAAGAUCCUCCAGCAAGAAGAGGAAUAAUACUAAUAAUGCUGGUUCUGAGGAUGAGGAGGAAAAGACAAUGGGAAUGGGUGAACUCAGCCCUGGCAUUUUGGAUCUGCAUGCCUUCGAUACCGAGCUCCUCCCUCCUCAUCAUGACAACAAAAGCUUUCCGGACUCUGAACCAUGUUUUUCUACCAACAAACAGUCCAACUGGACCUGCAGCACUGUGCCAGAUAACCUUCUAAGGAUCUCUAUGGCGGACAGGGAGAAGACCAGUCCUGUUGCCAAGAUCAAAGUCGUGGUCCGGAAGCGUCCCCUAAAUAAGAAGGAAAUAUCCAAGAAGGAAGAUGAUAUCAUUACUAUAGAGCCCAAGACAAAUUCUCUUACAGUUCAUGAGACCAAACUAAAGGUCGACUUGACUGAGUAUGUUGAGAAGCAUGAGUUUGUUUUUGAUGCUGUGUUGGGUGAGGAAGUAACAAAUGAUGAAGUGUAUCGUGAAACUGUGGAGCCCAUUGUUCCGAUAAUUUUCCAACGCACAAAAGCAACUUGUUUUGCAUAUGGGCAGACAGGCAGUGGAAAGACUUACACCAUGCAGCCCCUGCCCCUUAAGGCAUCCCAUGAUAUUCUUGAUCUAAUGCAACGUAGUUACAGAAAUCAAGGUUUCCAGCUAUUUGUCAGUUUCUUUGAAAUAUAUGGUGGGAAGCUUUUUGACCUUCUAAAUGACAGGAGGAAACUUUGCAUGAGAGAGGAUGGCAAACAGCAAGUGUGUAUAGUAGGUCUACAAGAGUUCAGGGUAUCAAAUGUGGAUACCAUCAGGGAAUACAUUGAGAAAGGAAAUGCGACAAGAAGCACAGGAACAACGGGUGCAAAUGAGGAAUCUUCUCGCUCACAUGCCAUUCUUCAGCUUGCUAUCAAGAAAUCAGUUGACGGUAAUGAGUCAAAGCCUGCUCGCAUUGUUGGUAAACUAUCAUUCAUAGAUCUUGCUGGCAGCGAGCGUGGAGCAGAUACCACAGAUAAUGAUCGCCAGACAAGAAUGGAAGGUGCAGAGAUCAACAAGAGCUUACUGGCAUUGAAGGAGUGUAUUAGAGCUCUUGAUAAUGACCAAGGACAUAUUCCUUUCCGAGGGAGUAAGCUUACUGAAGUCUUAAGGGAUUCAUUCAUGGGAGACUCAAGGACUGUAAUGAUCUCAUGUAUUUCUCCAAACUCAGGUUCAUGCGAACAUACUCUCAACACGUUAAGAUAUGCUGAUCGGGUCAAGAGCCUUUCAAAGGGUGCCAGCUCAAAAAAGGAUCUCGUGCCUACAGCCUUGAACUUGAGAGACUCAUCAGCUUCUCCUCUAUGUACAGUUUUUCCUGCAGCUUUGACAUUGGACAGUAAUAGCUUCGACCCACCUCCAAAUGAUUCCCACAGAUUUGGGUGGUCGAGACACAUUGACGCUGAAAAUGGUAGACUUUUUGGAAAGGAUAAUGGACCUCCAAGUGGAAGAGAUAACGGGCGUUUAUCUUCUUUUUAUUCAGACUAUGAAAGAGAGCAAAGUGGCAGGGGCUACUCUGUAAGUGUGGAUGAUUUUGAUUUCUCAGAUGAGUCGCAUGAGCAAGAGAAUAUUUUAUGGAAGGAGGAGAGAUCUGAAAGAUACAUGACUUGUGCUGAUAAAAAGGCUAAUGCAAAUGGCCUCACUAAGUGGAGGGAUGAAGGUCUUGGUGUGGAUGGUGUGAAUACUGAUGAUUUUCUUAGAGCAUUAUUGAAGGAAGAGGAGGAGCUUGUGACUGCUCACAGGAAUCAAGUAGAGGAGAUGGUUGACAUCGUAAAGGAGGAGCUGAAGCUGCUAAUGGAAGCAAAUCAACCAGGAAAUCAGCUUGAUGUAUACAUAUCCAAACUUAAUGAUAUCCUUUCCCAGAAGGCAGCAGGAAUUGUGCAGCUGCAGAGACACUUGACACAAUUCCAGAAGCGUUUGACUGACACCAACAUACUUAUCUGUCCUCAAGCUCCUUAAUUAAUUAUACAUGCAGGGGGUGAAGAAAAGUUGAUAAUUAGGGAAAGCUGUGAUGUCUAUGAUUGAAAUUACAAGGCACUGUACAGUUUCCUCCAGAGUGUGAGUUAGCUAUGGGGAAUGCUUUGCACCUUAAGAUUAAAAUAGUCGUUCUUUUCCGAUCCCUUUUGUUUACACUGGAAGUGUCCUAGUUGACUGGAAGCUGUUCUACAAAGAUCUCACUGAGGGAUCAUCUUUAUCGUCUUCAAGCCAUUGAUUGUGUGAAAAUAUAUUUUAUGUUGCCUUGCCCAUCCACGUGCAUAUUAUUAGUAAGUCAGUUUAUGAAAGGGUGGCAAUAUGUUUUAUGUUA